GGGUCCCGGGUCCCUGGGGCGGGCGGGCCGUCCUGCAGCUGGAAAUGUGUCUUCUGCCUUCUUUUCUCCACUCCCUGCGCCUGGAGUUGCCGCUUCCAAGAAGAGGAGCUGAGGGGGACUAGCCGGGGCUCAGGAGCUGCUAGAGGCGCCGGCUUGUCUUCCGCCCCCUCCCUCCUCGCCCUCCCCCGCUUGCCGUGGCUCUCGCGGUCUCUGGAGCGUCUUCAGAGAACUGGGGGGGCGGGAGGUGUCCUGGCCCCAGAGCCGCUGGACGCCCCUCCAGACACCGAAGCUACCGGCCCCCGCCUGCUUCGCUGCUACGACUCUAGAGGAGGGGGCUUGGGAAGGGAAGACACGCCUUUCCUUCUUUCUCUCCUCCUUUGGGCUCCUUUGGAAACAUUAAAACAUGUUUACGCGUUUCGGUAGCUGAGAUAGAACGGUUGGAAGCUUUUUGAAAGUUUAAAAGAAACGCACUUUCCUACACUGUUUAAUGCAUUACUAUCUGUGUGGCUUUCUGGUCCUCUUCCACCACCCACCCCACGCCCCCCGCGCUCCCUCGCCCGCUCCCCCCCGCACCACUCCCCCCGCAGCUGUUAUCCUUUUUAAGGAUGCUGAAGAGGCAGGAGGCAGGGAUUUUCUAAAAGUUCUAUUGAUAAACACACUUGCACAAACAUAUGCUAGGCACACACAUAAACUAUAAACAUUAGCGAAAAACACAAUAUGGCGUACAGCUACACUACCUAGCGCGAUAAUCCGCUCAUCUCUUAACACUGAACCCAGUUGAAUGGGGUCAGUAGCAGGAUGACAGUUCUCUAAUAAAAAUCUCAACGAAACAGGAAGUAAUUUGGAAGCCUGUGGGUUAAAUAAUAUCCUCAGAAUCAGCAUGGCCUAAGCUAAAUUGAACACGUUAACUUUCUAGACGUGUGAAAAUUGUCCUCAUUACUUCUAGCCAUUAAAAAUACCAAGAUGAAGUAAAGGUGAGAGUUUCUCACUGCGUGGUCGUGUCUAAGUUUCAGCUAAUAAAAUUAGCAGAGGCCACUCAUUACCCCAUGUUUUCAAGCAAGUUCUAUCCUAAAGUUACUAUCGUAACUUGUUGCUAUCAAAAGUUUUAAAACAAAUUGUAACGAUCAUUUUGUAAAUAAAUUUCAUAGCUGUGAACACUACCUUUAAAUGAUAAGCAGUAACAUAGCAAAUUCAGUUCAUAAAUGGUUUACUUUCUUAUCUGUUGCUCGUAAUCCCAGAUACAUUUGCUGUCACAUGGGAAUAGUUAAAAUAUACCCUCCACUGCCCCUCAUAAAAGUUUGACCAGUCCAGAUUUGGCUACUUUCUGCAUUUCAGCUUUACAUGUAGAUAUUUCUAUAUUUCUACGAAAAAAAAAAAACAAUUUACAUUGAUUUUUCAAGUCUUUGCUCUUCUCAUUCUUAAUCAGAAUGUAGCAAAGUUGAUGCACAAAUAGUGCAUGGUGAUACCAUUGUGCCCUCUUGGGAAUGGUCUUCUCUCAAAAAAGCUUUUGGAAUUGCCCUUGUAGAAUUGCUGAUGUUACUCAUUGUUCAGUGCUCAAGGUUUAAUUCCUAAGAUUGUGGUUGUGAUUUCCAUUGAGCUCACUUUUGGAGGGCUUUAGGUUUAAGAAUAUAUGGUGCUCAAGUAAACAAGUGAGAGGAAGAAGAAAAGCUAAUUUUCUAGAAAUAUAUUAGCUGCUCAGUGAGUCCAGCAGUUGGGUAUUUUUGGUUUUGUGAUUUCAGAUCUCACAGACCAGUGGAAUACAGGCCUUUUGCCUAUGAAGAUCAGGUGACAAGUUAACUGUGUACCAGCCUCCAAAGCAAUACGCCCUUUCAUGCCACACAAAAAGAAGUAUUAAGGAUUGCCCUUUAAGACUCUGAAGACUGAAGAGUGCCUGAUAAAUUGCACAUCUGUCUGUGCCCCAUAGCUGCACAGACUGCCUGAAGUUACAUUUAGAGACUGAAAUCACUGCACCUUAAAAACAAAAGAUUGAGCUGCACUGCAUUCCUAAUGUUUCGCCAUCACUAACUGGAUAUUCCUCACAACUUUGCUGUCCGCAGUGGCUGGCACUUUUCCUCCACGCUUUGAGAGAAAGAGAAUUGGCUGGAAUAAAACCUUGCCUUCCAUAUGGUCGACUUGAAAUACAGCAUUGAAAAGUUCUGUGACCAUCAGUCUGUGGCCUGACCCUUCUCUUUAUAUGCAGCCGCUCUCUGUUCCCUGCCCCAAUGAACAUCUGCACUAGGCCCAAGCCUUGGAGUGAUUUACCUGAAGAGUGACACCAUUUCUUUGGAAACUACUAUGAGGAAACUGAAGCCCAGAGAGGUGAAGUGAGGUGCCCAAGGCCACACAGCAAGUUAGAGGCACAGCUAGUACCAUAGCUCAAGUCUCCUGACUCCCAGUCCAGUGCUCCUCCCAUUACUCCACGGGUCCUGUGUCUAAGCUUCCUGACAAAUGCUAGAACGGAAGAAACCCAAGACAGCUGAAAACCAGAAGGCAUCUGAGGAGAAUGAGAUUACUCAGCCGGGUGGAUCCAGCGCCAAGCCGGGCCUUCCCUGCCUGAACUUUGAAGCUGUUUUGUCUCCAGAACCAGCCCUCAUCCACUCAACACAUUCACUGACAAACUCUCACGCUCACACCGGGUCAUCUGAUUGUGACAUCAGUUGCAAGGGGAUGACCGAGCGCAUUCACAGCAUCAACCUCCACAACUUCAGCAAUUCCGUGCUCGAGACCCUCAACGAGCAGCGCAACCGUGGCCACUUCUGUGACGUGACGGUGCGCAUCCACGGGAGCAUGCUGCGUGCACACCGCUGCGUGCUGGCGGCCGGCAGCCCCUUCUUCCAGGACAAGCUGCUGCUGGGCUACAGCGACAUCGAGAUCCCGUCCGUGGUGUCGGUGCAGUCGGUGCAAAAGCUCAUUGACUUCAUGUACAGCGGCGUGCUGCGCGUCUCGCAGUCGGAAGCCCUGCAGAUCCUCACGGCCGCCAGCAUCCUGCAGAUCAAAACAGUCAUCGAUGAGUGCACGCGCAUUGUGUCGCAGAACGUGGGCGAUGUGUUCCCGGGGAUCCAGGACUCGGGCCAGGAUACGCCACGGGGCACUCCCGAGUCAGGCACAUCGGGCCAGAGCAGCGACACCGAGUCAGGCUACCUGCAGAGCCAUCCGCAGCACAGCGUGGACAGGAUCUACUCGGCGCUAUACGCAUGCUCCAUGCAGAACGGCAGCGGGGAGCGCUCCUUCUAUAGCGGUGCGGUGGUCAGCCACCACGAGACUGCACUCGGCCUGCCCCGUGACCACCACAUGGAAGACCCCAGCUGGAUCACGCGCAUCCACGAGCGCUCGCAGCAGAUGGAGCGCUACCUGUCCACCACCCCCGAGACCACGCACUGCCGCAAGCAGCCCCGGCCUGUGCGCAUCCAGACCCUGGUGGGCAACAUCCACAUUAAGCAGGAGAUGGAGGACGAUUACGACUACUACGGGCAGCAAAGGGUGCAGAUCCUGGAGCGCAACGAAUCCGAGGAGUGCACGGAAGACACCGACCAGGCGGAGGGCACUGAGAGUGAGCCCAAGGGCGAAAGCUUCGACUCGGGCGUCAGUUCCUCCAUAGGCACCGAGCCUGACUCGGUGGAGCAGCAGUUCGGGCCCGGGGCGGCGCGGGAUGGCCAGGCCGAACCUGCCCAAGCCGAGCAGGCCGCAGAAGCGCCUGCCGAGGGCGGCCCACAGCCGCACCAGCUAGAGACAGGUGCCUCCUCCCCAGAAAGAAGCAACGAGGUGGAGAUGGACAACACGGUCAUCACUGUCAGCAACAGCUCCGACAAGAGCGUCCUGCAGCAGCCUUCGGUGAACACGUCCAUCGGGCAGCCAUUGCCAAGUACCCAGCUCUACUUACGCCAGACAGAAACCCUCACCAGCAACUUGAGGAUGCCUCUGACCUUGACCAGCAACACACAGGUCAUUGGCACAGCCGGCAACACCUACCUGCCGGCCCUCUUCACUACCCAGCCCGCGGGCAGUGGCCCUAAGCCUUUCCUCUUCAGCCUGCCACAGCCCCUGGCAGGCCAGCAGACCCAGUUUGUGACAGUGUCCCAGCCUGGCCUGUCGACCUUUACUGCACAGCUGCCAGCGCCACAGCCCCUGGCCCCAUCCGCAGGCCACAGCACAGCCAGUGGGCAGGGCGAAAAAAAGCCUUACGAGUGCACUCUCUGCAACAAGACUUUCACCGCCAAACAGAACUACGUCAAGCACAUGUUCGUACACACAGGUGAGAAGCCCCACCAAUGCAGCAUCUGUUGGCGCUCCUUCUCCUUGAAAGAUUACCUUAUCAAGCACAUGGUGACACACACGGGAGUGAGGGCGUACCAGUGCAGCAUCUGCAACAAGCGCUUCACCCAGAAGAGCUCGCUCAACGUGCACAUGCGCCUCCACCGUGGGGAGAAGUCCUACGAGUGCUACAUCUGCAAAAAGAAGUUCUCCCACAAGACCCUCCUGGAGCGACACGUGGCCCUGCACAGUGCCAGCAACGGGACCCCUCCCGCGGGUACACCCCCAGGUGCCCGCGCUGGCCCCCCAGGGGUGGUGGCCUGCACGGAGGGGACCACUUACGUCUGCUCCGUCUGUCCUGCAAAGUUUGACCAAAUCGAGCAGUUCAACGACCACAUGAGGAUGCAUGUGUCUGACGGAUAAGUAAUACCUUUCUCUCUUUCUUAUGAACAAAAACGACAGAAAAGAAACAAACAAACAAACAAAAGCUAUGGCACUAGAAUUUAAGAAAUGUUUUGGUUUCGUUUUUACUUUGUUUUUGUUUUUGUUUCGUUUCAUUUUGUACUACAUGAAGAACUGUUUUUGCCUGCUGGUACAUUACAUUUCUGGAGGCUCGGGUGAAUGAUAGUUUUCCCAGCCUCCCUCGGAUGGUGGCCUUAAGGCCUGGUAGUGCUUCAAGAGGUCCACUGGUUGGAUCUCUAGCUACUGGCCUCUAAAUACAACCCUUCNUU